AUGACUGAACCAGUGGGAGGCAAUGAAGCUGCAAUGGACAGCCUCGGCGUUGGCGACAUCGCAGUGUUCAGUAUACUCACGGCUAUUGGAUACUUCGUCGGCCUCUACUUCUCCUUCAGUCGCACACGUCGUCAGGCUGCAUCAUGCGACGGAGGCGCCUCAUCAGCCGUUCUCGAGGCCUUCCUGGGCGGCCGUACUCUUCCGUCGGCGGCACUGGCCGUGUCCGUGCUGGCGUCCGUAGCCACUGCCGUCGGCGUAGUGAGUUUCGUGGGCCACUACUACGCCUUCGGCUUUCAUCUCGACUGGGCGCUGGCCGGUAUUCCACUGGCGGCGAUCAUUGUUUCGUUCGUCUUCGUGCCCCUACUCUACGAUCUGCGAGUGGCGUCCGUGUUUUCAGGUAAAUGCGGGAACCGAGCAGAUCGUAGCUUCUAG